UUUGGAAAUUAUUAUGUAAUUUUAGCCCUUCUUCACUAGUGGUCCAGUAUCCACUUUGAUUUUCCCCUUUCUCAACAUUUCGAAUGGGUUUUCCCUCUCGUGAGACCAAGAAAAACCUAGUACUAUCUGUUUGUGAAAAUGCCCCAAAGAAGCUCGAGAGACCAAGAAAAACCAACACCCACUCUCCGAAGAUCUCCGCGGCUUACUGCCGCCGCUGCUGCUACCGAAGUUCUCACGAAACAGAUUGAAGUUUCAAAAAGCCCCACUAAAUCGAUAACCAGGUUGCGAAGAUCUUCAAGAUUGAGUAUCGGAACUCCGCGGACUAAUGGCGAGGUUAAUAAUACAGAGAGAAGGAUUACUCGCGGUUCUAAUCGAGUUGACAAUUCAGUUGAGAAAAGAAAUGGGGUUAUUAGUACAAGUGGAAAAACUCGUGUUUCUAGAUGUACAUUAGGUGGUAGCACGGAGAGAGCUGUCCCAACAUCUGAAUUAGCGGGAUGUGGAGAGGACGACGACAAUGGCGCGGGAAAGAAACAGGCAUGCUUGAAGAGGAAGAGAACCCAAGGAAUGGAGGAGAAUAGUGUUGUUAAUGGAUGGACCAACGAACAAGAGCUGGCGUUGCAAAGUGCUUAUUUUGCGGCAAAGGCAACACCUAACUUCUGGAAGAAAGUUGCUAUGAUGGUGCCUGGGAAAUCAGCAAAGGAUUGUUUUGACAAGAUACAUUCGGAUUUUAUGACCCCACCUCAGCCUCAACCACGUUCAAGGGUUAAAAAGAUGAAUACAUUAUCACUUUCUCCAUGUGCAACUAAAUUGCUUCAGUCCACUGAGAAAAACACAAACAGGCGAAGAUAUAGCAAGCAUAAGAACCAUCUCUCACGCAAGGCUGUGAGACAACUACUGCAAAAGCAAACUGACAUAGAUCGAGAUAAGGAAGCAGACUUCUUCAAUGCUCUUGAAUCAUCAACAAAUCCAACUGCUGGGGCAUUUUGCCAGGACACGAAUUUUGUCACCCCAGAGCGCAACAAAGAGAGUGUGCAUCAUCUUAGAAAGUGCCUGGAGAGAUCGUCUUCAGCCCAUAAAAAACACCGUUCCCGAUUAAGUGGUUCAUCAGGAGCAAUUCUUACCAGCCCACCAGUUCUAAAACCAAUUAAGAAUAAGGCCUUACAUGAGAGGUAUGUUGAUCAGCUACAUUGCAGGGAAGCAAAGAGAAAGGCAGCCACAUCAAGGACAGCAAAGGGCCACCAAAAUAAGAAUGAUCACAAGAAUGAGAAUGUCAUAAAAACGGAUGUGAUUAAAGCUGCGAAAAAUGCUCUAAUGUCUGAAGCAAGAGAUGCAAUCAACCAAUUUCAGAAUUUACAGACAUGUGCUAUGAACAGCUUCAAUCAUGAUGAUGAUGAUUAUGUUGAUGUGAACCAUAAUUCUGAUGAUGACGAGGAUGCCAGAUACUGAUUUUCAGUUAGCUAUAACCCAAAAUGUAUCACAGAUCUCUGAACCAAAUAUUUCCCAACUUGGAGUUAUGAUUCAGUCAGUCUCAGAAACAUCAUUUCUGCAAAAAGGCUUGUUGUAUAUAUGUGAAUCUAAGGCUCUCUUGAAUUUCAGUAAUUUUUUAGUUUAGGCAUAUGAAGUGUAUACUGUAUUUUCAAGUGAUGAAGCUACUUGACAAAGCAGAAAAAGUGGCCAAAUAUACUAAAGUUUUUGCUGGGAGAAUAGUUUGUUACUUU